AUGGCUAGUGAUCAAGAAAACUCACAAGAUGCAAAUGCUCCUGAUGAUACUUCAGAAAAAGAAAUUACACGAGGCAUCACUAUUAUGAAGAGUAUCAUUCGUGAUAGAGAUAAAGCAGUAACAUAUAAUGUAAAUUGGAAUGCUGAUAACCAACUAAUUGGGUCUAAUGCUGCAAAGUUGGCAAGCUACAUUGGUACACUUGUUCGUAUGCACAUUCCAAUCACUGCUACAAGAUGGAGUAAUAAAGAGUUGGGUAGCGCUAAAGAUAAGAUUUGGACUGAGAUACUGAGGUCUUUUAACAUUGAAGAUACAACUAUCCGAAAAAAGUAUAUACUUCAAUUGGCCGGAAAAAGACACAGAGGGUGGAGAACGUUUUUAACAAACAAGUAUCUUAAGGACAAAGAAAAAUUUUUUGUUGAAUAUGAUCCGGAAUAUCCAGUGAAGUAUGCGAUCUUCAUUACAGAAGAAGAAUGGGUUGCUUUUGUAGCCCAAAGAAGAGACGAAAAUUUCAAGAAAGUGAGUGCCACAAAUCGCGAGAGAGCGUCAAAUCCCACGUAUGCAUACAAAAAAGGGCGUUUGGGAUAUGCACGCUUAGAGGAAAAAAUUUUAGACGAGACGAAAAGUGACGCAACAUCACUUCCGCCACAUGUUUUGUGGAAAGAAGCUCGUGUGGGAAAGGAUGGAACUGUUAGGGAUGACGUUCAACAUAUUUAUGAUGAAUGUGAGACCCUAUCUCAAUCGAUAAGCACAGCUGAGGACCAGGAGAACAGGAGCGUACUUAGUAGAGCACUAAAUGUUCCUGAGUAUCCCGGUCGGGUGAGGGGUAAAGGGCAUGGUUGUACUCCAACUUCCUUGUAUAAGAAUCCAAGGAGAAGAAAUCCUAGCAAUCAAGAAGUGAUGGAGACGUUGCAGGCAUUACAAGCGCAAGUUCUUCAAUUGCAAAAGGAUAAUGAGAGAUAUAGGUGUAUGGAAAAGUGCAGUUCACAGUUGAAAGAAACUAGUGAGAAAGCCAGGCAUUUCAUCUUGUCAGCUAUACUUAUCGUCACCGACUUAUCGCCUAGUUGGCAAGGGAAAAGUGCACAACACUUCGGGAGAUUUACUUCACCAUAG